CCAACUUGGUUCUAUGACGAUAAUGAGCUUUACAACGAACUCUGAAUUUUAUAUGAGCUUUUGUUCCUCCGAAAAGGAGUCAACUUAUGCGAUAAGUAUCAUUAAUAGUUUACAAACGCAACUUCAUGCUAGCAAAUAUGGCCAAUCAUAA